AUGGAAAGCGAUUCCAACGACCGCCACGAGGGCAUUGUGAAGUUCUUUCGUGGCAGCUUUGGCUGGGUAAGAUGCAGCGAUGUCGCUCAGAAGAUUGGUGACCGAGACAUUUUUCUUCACAAGAACCAGCUGAAUUCGGUUCCCACAGCUGGUGAUGUUGUCGAGUUCAAAUUGGUUGUGGAUGCCAAAGGGCAACCGAAGGACCUUGGUGGAAAAGUUGAAGCUGGAGAAAGCAUGCUGGAAUGCGCUAUCCGAGAGCUGGACGAGGAGGCACAAGGCUUCCUGUCACCAGAAUCGAUAGCCUUGCUUAAACGGGGUCUUCGAAAUCAAUAUGGAGAUGGCAGGCAAUCCCCAGAGUUGGUUGCAUUGAAAGCAUCGGGAAAUAAGCCUCAAGCAGUGGCGAUUUUCCCCUUGGACUGCAGUGGAGUCAGCCUCGAAUUGCUGCCAGCAGCGGGGCCAAAUUCCUUUGGCGUGCACGAGAUGUGCUGGCUGAAGCGGGAGAACCCUGAUUUGAAGGAUCGAAGCAAAACACGAUGGCCUUUGCUCCGUGCCGUUUGCGCGCUGCGAAAUGCAUCUGCCAACAGCCCCUUGAAUUGA